AUGGGGUUGGCGCUGAGGACGGUUGUGAUAGGAUGGCUCACCUACUACAUCCUGAGCUGUAUCCAUUGUCGAUAUUUCCACCCGCUGAGCAAGUUCCCCGGCCCUUUCUGGGCCUCAAUAUCAAACUUCUGGAAGCUUUACAUUCUGUCGACCAAGGAGUCGCAUACGCGUGGUAUCGAGUACCACAAGAAAUAUGGGCCUGCUAUCCGCGUCGCACCCAACUUCCUCGUCUUCAGCGACCCGAAAUUGGUACCUGUAGUAUACCAUCGCAAUGCCGACAAGUCCGACUUUUACAGCCCUGGCGUCCUAGGCCGUCUGAGGCCGCCAUUUCAGACGCAAGAUCAUAAGGAGCAUGCAGCGAAAAGGAAGCGCGUGGCUGCUUCGUUUCAAAUCUCCAACCUGAGGAAAAUGGAAUCGGAUGUAAACAACAUGAUCGAGAAGCUGCUGAGCCAGUUCAACGAGCGUUAUGUGAGAACCGAGGAACCGUUGGAUUUGUCAGAAUGGGUCAAAUGGUUCGUGUACGACACGAUAUCCGCCAUGGCGUUUGGGAAGUCUGUCGGGUUCGUGGAACAGGGGAAGGACGUGCAAGAGCUGAUACAGAAUUUCCACGACAUGGCGCCCCUGGCGGGUCUUGUGGCGGCUUUGCCCAACUGGGUGAAUCCCUUGAUGAAUGCGCCAAUUCUUGGAGACUAUCUUAUGCCCGGCCCGGGCGACGGGACUGGGACUGGCAAAAUCAUGAAGUAUCGUGAUGAUAUGUUGCGAGAACGAUUUCAAAACCGACAUGCCAUGGCCCACGGCGACUUCUUAGACAAUUUAAUGAACGCAAAGAAUGCCGAUGGGAGCUACAUGACCGAAGCGGAAAUCAAGGCGGAGGCCUUUGUCCUCAUGGUCGCAGGCCCGGACACGACAGCUGCGUUCAUCGGGCCGUUUGUGAAUUACGUGAUUCAGAAUCCCGUCAUCCAUGCAAGACUUCGCCAGGAGAUCCAGGAAUUUGAAGCCGAUGGCACACUUUCCAAGGGCGUCGUCACCUUUGAGGAGACUCAGAAACUGCCCUAUUUCAUGGCUUGCGUUCAAGAAACACUUCGAUUCUGCCCUUCUACGCCCGUUGUUCUGCCCCGCCUGGUAUCAAAAGGGGGACUAGAGGUCAACGGAAAGUACGUCCCAGAAGGCACAGAAAUCGCAGCGAACCCAUAUGUAAUCCACCGGGAUAAAAACAUAUUUGGGGAGGAUGCCUUUGAGUUCAACCCAGACCGGUGGCUGGAGGGCGAAGAGCGCACCCGGAACAUGAACAAAUACAUCAUGAGCUGGGGCUAUGGUGCGAGGCAGUGCCUGGGCAAAAAUGUAGCCCAGUUGAUCACGCAAAAACUUUGCUUGGAGAUGUUCCGCCGCUUCGAUUUCCAGAGCAGGACGCCUGAGAAGCCAUGGAGAGCAGAGAAUCUUGCGCUGAUGAUAUAUUGGGAUCAAUGGGUACGGCUAACGCCUGCAAAAGAACUGAAGUAAGAAUUGGGAGGCCGUGUAACAACUGAUACUAUGCCUAUCGCGACCUGAGUUUUAUAAGUCGCAUUCCUGUACUCUUCGACGCGACUAGUA